AGAAACCCAAAAGACAUAAACACACAAUGGAAGCAUACAUACAAACGUUGUCAGAGAUAUGACCACUGCUUCUGCUCUUCCAACUGUUUCCCUUACACCACCCAUCACCGCCGGCGCCGUCAACCACCGUACUUGCCACGUCACCCUCUCCAACCACCGCCACCGCCGUCUUUUCCCAGUACAAGUAGCAAAUGACUCUAAAGCCACUGAGGUGUCUCCUGAUCGUAUCGUUGAAAAGUCAGAGGCUGACAAAAUUGUUGAUGGUAUGGAGUUUGGUGAAUUAUGCAAUGAGUUUGAAUGUAUUAGCAGCCCUUCUGUUGAAGCUACUGCUAGACAACUUGUUCGUGACAUUCUAGAGCUUCGGGAGGGUAAUCGUGCUCUUGGAACUUAUGCUACUUCAGUAAAGUAUAAGGAUCCAGUCAGAAGCUUUACUGGCCGUGAUAAAUACAAGAGACCACUAUGGUCAACGGAUGCACUAGAUAAACCUAAUGUGACUGUGCAGGAGAUGUCUAUGUUGUCUACCAGUCUAUUGAAUAUAAAAUGGACUUUAAAAGGGAACCCUAAAAAUCCGCUAGCUAGUGUAGGAGGUCCCGUGAUUCUCAGGAUUGACUCUCGUUACACACUCAACCAAAUUAGUGGUCAAGUUAUCGAGCAUGAAGAGCUUUGGGAUUUAUCUUCAUCAUCAACCAUCGCUCAGGCGUAUUUUUGGGCUUCACGCCGUCUAUUUUCCAUAGUUGAGUCUACAAAAGAUCUUUCUGACUCUCUCAAGAAUUUUUCAAGCCGUUUUUCUACCAAAAAAGAGAAUUUGGAGAUCUAUCCAGAUCCAUCUGGUGAUCCCACAAAGUUUUUCCAAAGCCAGGAUGACUUUCAAAGAGACGCUUACCAACUGGCAUUGUUUCUUGCACUUCUGUACUUCUUAGUACAGUUUUUGAGGCAGACCUUGUAAAACCAAUGUACGUAUACUAUCAACUGUGUAAAUGUAAUUGCUCACUAUAUAUAUCUUAUAUCUUUUUAUAUAUAAAAGAAUUUAGGCUGUAAGACACGCCUUCACAGUGUUUCUUGUUA